UUAACUAGCUUCGUGGAAUUAAAUGUGUUUUCAAUUCAAUAGGGCUAUGCUUUAUUAAAGAAGUUUGAGAACAGUUUUUAAGGACAGGAGUAGGAAAGUUUUGAAAAGGAUCACAGCUACACAAUACACCUGUUGGAAGCUUACAAAUUUAUAUGGAGAGUUAAGGGAAAGUUGGAAUGAUCACUCCUGUGUUUGUUAAAUUAAAUUUUACUGAAGCUGGUUAUUUUUUCUCUGUAAGCUGGGAUUUCAACCUUGCACUUGAGGUCUCGGUACCUGGAAACAGACAUGGAGUGGAAAAUACUUCCCAUGUACUUGCUGCUGCUUUCUGUUUUCUUGAUUCAGCAAGUUUCUUCUCAAGAUUUACCAAGCUGUGCAGGGAGAUGUGGGGAAGGGUAUUCUAGAGAUGCCACCUGCAACUGUGAUUAUAACUGUCAACACUACAUGGAGUGCUGCCCUGAUUUCAAGAAAGUCUGCACUGUGGAGCUUUCCUGUAAAGGCCGCUGCUUUGAGUCCUUUGCAAGAGGGAGGGAGUGCGACUGCGACUCGGAAUGUAAGAAGUAUGGCAAGUGCUGUUCCGAUUAUGAGAAUUUUUGUGGAAAAGUGCAUAAUCCCCCAUCACCAUCUUCAAAGACUGUACCUCCAGCUCCAGGAGCAUCUCAAACCAUCAAAUCAACAACCAAACGUUCACCCAAAUCACCAAACAAGAAGAAGACUAAGAAAGUUAUAGAAUCAGAGGAAAUAACAGAAGAACAUUCUGUUUCUGAAAAUCAAGAGUCUUCUUCCUCCUCUUCCUCUUCCUCUUCAACUAUUCGGAAAGUCAAGUCUUCCAAAAAUUCAGCUGCUAAUAAAGAAUUAAAGAAGAAACCCAAAGUAAAAGAUAACAAGAAGGAAAAAACUCCUAAAAAGAAACCUAACCCUGAACCACCAGUUGUAGAUGAAGAUGGAAGUGGACUGGACAAUGGUGACGUCAAGCUCACCACGACUCCUGACAUUCCUACCACCCAACGCAAUAAAGUUACCACACCUCCCAAGAUUACAACAGUCAAACCGACAAAUCCAAAACCCAGUCUUCCACCUAAUUCUGAUACACCCAAAGAGACAUCUUCAACAACGAGUGAGGAGACAGCAGUUGAAACUAAAGAGACUCCUAUAACGAAUAAACAGACUUCAAAUAGAGAAAAAGAGAAGACUACUUCACCUAAAGAGAAACAAAGUGCAGAGAAAAUACCUGCUAAAGAUUUUAUACCCACAUCCAAAGCUCCUAGUACAUCUACACCAAAAGCUGAAACUACAACCAAAUCUCCUGCUCCCACCACCACCAAGAAACCUGUUCCCACUACCCCCAAGAAGCCUGCACCCACCACCAAAGAGCCUGCACCCACCACUCCCAAGAAGCCUGCACCCACCACCAAAGAGCCUGCACCCACACCCCCCAAGAAGCCUGUACCCACCACCAAAGAGCCUGCACCCACCACUCCCAAGAAGCCUGUACCCACCACCAAAGAGCCUGCACCCACACCCCCCAAGAAGCCUGCACCCACGACCAAAGAGCCUGCACCCACCACUCCCAAGAAGCCUGCACCCACGACCAAAGAGCCUGCACCCUCCACCCCCAAGAAGCCUGCACCCACCACCAAAGAGCCUGCACCCACCACCCCCAAGAAGCCUGUACCCACCACCAAAGAGCCUGCACCCACCACUCCCAAGAAGCCUGCACCCACCAAAGAGCCUGCACCCACACCCCCCAAGAAGCCUGUACCCACCACCAAAGAGCCUGCACCCACCACUCCCAAGAAGCCUGCACCCACCACCAAAGAGCCUGCACCCACACCCCCCAAGAAGCCUGCACCCAUGACCAAAGAGCCUGCACCCACCACUCCCAAGAAGCCUGCACCCACGACCAAAGAGCCUGCACCCUCCACCCCCAAGAAGCCUGCACCCACGACCAAAGAGCCUGCAUCCACCACCCCCAAGAAGCCUGCACCCACGACCAAAGAACCUGCACCCACCACCCCCAAGAAGUCUGCACCCACGACCAAAGAGCCUGCACCCACUACCCCCAAGAAGCCUGCACCCACGACCAAAGAGCCUACACCCACCACCCCCAAGAAGCCUGCACCCACGACCAAAGAGCCUGCACCCACUACCCCCAAGAAGCCUGCACCCACCACCAAAGAGCCUACACCUACCAAGGAGUCUGCACCAAUGGCCCCCACAGAGCCUGCACCCACCACCCCCAAGAAGUCUGCUCUCACCACUCCUAAGGAGCCUGCAUCCACUACCACCAAAGAACCUCCACCCAUAGCCCCCACGGAGCCUGCACUCACCACUCCAAAGGAGCCUACACCCACUGCCCCCAAGGAGGCUGCACCCACCACCCCCAACAAGCCUGCUUCUAUUACCACCAAGGAACCUGCACCCACAGCCCCCAAGGAGGCUGCACCCACCACCCCCAACAAGCCUGCUCCUACUACCACCAAGGAACCUGUACCCACGGCCCCCAAGGAGCCUGCACCUACCACCCCCAAGGAACCUGCACCCAUGGCCCCCACGGAGCCUGCACCCACCACUCCCAAGGAGCCUGUACCCACAGCCCCCAAGGAACCUGCUCCCAGCAUUCCCAAGGAGCCUGCACCCAUGGCCCCCACAGAGCCUGCACCCACCACUCCCAAGGAGCCUGCACCCACAGCCCCCAAGGAACCUGCUCCCAGCAUUCCCAAGGAGCCUGCACCCACCGCUCCCAAGGAGCCUGCACCCACCGCUCCCAAGGAGCCUGCACCCACCGCCCCCAAGGAGCCUGCACCCACCGCCCCCAAGGAGCCUGCACCCACAGCCCCCAAAGAACCUGCUCCUAGCAUUCCCAAGGAGCCUGCACCCACAGCCCCCAAAGAACCUGCUCCCAGCAUUCCCAAGGAGCCUGCACCCACAGCCCCCAAAGAACCUGCUCCCAGCAUUCCCAAGGAGCCUGCACCCACCGCCCCCAAGGAGCCUGCACCCACCGCUCCCAAGGAGCCUGCACCCACAGCCCCCAAGGAGCCUGCACCCACCGCUCCCAAGGAGCCUGCACCCACCGCCCCCAAGGAGCCUGCACCCACCGCCCCCAAGGAGCCUGCACCCACAGCCCCCAAAGAACCUGCUCCUAGCAUUCCCAAGGAGCCUGCACCCACAGCCCCCAAAGAACCUGCUCCCAGCAUUCCCAAGGAGCCUGCACCCACAGCCCCCAAAGAACCUGCUCCCAGCAUUCCCAAGGAGCCUGCACCCACAGCCCCCAAAGAACCUGCUCCCAGCAUUCCCAAGGAGCCUGCACCCACGGCCCCCAAAGAACCUGCUCCCAGCAUUCCCAAGGAGCCUGCACCCACAGCCCCCAAAGAACCUGCUCCCAGCAUUCCCAAGGAGCCUGCACCCACGGUCCCCAAAGAGACUGCUCCCACCACCACCAAGGAGCCCAUCCCCAAACUUCUCAGGGAGCCCACUCCAGCUUCUCUUGAGACACCUGCUCCAACCAACUCAGAGGGCUCUACUACAACCACCAUCGAGCCUCCCACUACUCCCGAAAACCCUGCUGAGUCAACUCCUGAGUUUCCCAAAGAACCCACACCAAAGGCUCUUGAAAACAGUCCCAAAGAACCUGUUAUACCUGUAACUGAGGCUCCUGGAGUGACUACACCUGAAAUCACUACAACAGCUAAAGACAAAACAACAGAAAAAGACAUACACAUGACACCUGGAAUUAUGGCCGCUGUACCUACAUCAACUCCGACAGAAGAAAAGACCACUGAUUCCAAAACAAGAACAACCACACAAGUAACAUCAGCCACAUCGUCCAAAAAUACUCCUCAAGCCACAACUCUUGCACCCCAAGUAAUGACUACAACAAAAAAGGCAACUACAUCUGAAGAGACUAUGAAUAAACCUGAAGAAACCACAGCUGCGCCAAAAGACAGAGCUAAUCCUAAAGUGUCAACUCCUAAAUCCCAAAAGCCAACCAAAGCACCAAAAAAGCCCACUUCUACCAAAAAGCCAAACACGAUACCUAAAGGGAGAAAACCAAAGACUACACCAACUCCCCCAAGGAUGACUACAUCGACAGUGCCCAAAUUACACCCCACCUCUUCCACAAAAGCCAUUCUCCAAACUACCACCAGCCCCAACCAAACACCUAACUCAGAAAUAGUUGAAGUAAAUCCAAAUAAGGAUGGAGAUGCUGCAGGAGAAAAACCUCACGUGAUCCUCAGGCCCCCUGUGUUAACUCCUAUAUUUAUCCCAGGCACGGAUAUCUUAGUGAGAGGAUCCAAUCAAGACAUUGCCAUCAACUCCAUGCUUUCAGAUGAGACUAAUUUAUGCAACGGUAAGCCAGUAGAUGGGCUGACUGCUUUGCGCAAUGGAACAUUAGUUGCAUUUCGAGGUCAUUAUUUCUGGAUGCUAAGUCCAUUCAGUCCACCAUCUCCAGCUCGUAAAAUUACUGAAGUUUGGGGUAUUCCCUCCCCCAUUGAUACUGUUUUUACUAGGUGCAACUGUGAAGGAAAAACUUUCUUCUUUAAGGAUUCUCAGUAUUGGCGUUUCACCAAUGACAUAAAAGAUGCAGGGUAUCCCAAACAAAUUGUAAAAGGAUUUGGAGGACUAAAUGGAAAAAUAGUGGCAGCUCUCUCCAUAGCUAAAUACAAGGAAAGACCUGAAUCUGUGUAUUUUUUCAAGAGAGGUGGCGGCAUUCAGCAGUAUAUUUAUAAACAGGAACCUGUCAGAAAGUGCACUGGUAGAAGGCCUGCUAUCAAUUAUUCAGUGUAUGGAGAAACAACACAGGUUAGGAGACGUCGCUUCGAACGCGCCAUAGGACCUUCUCAAACACACACCAUCAGAAUUCGCUAUUCACCCAUCAGAGUCUCUUAUCAAGACAAAGGUUUCCUCCAUAAUGAAGUUAAAAUGAGUUUAUACUGGAGAGGAUUUCCAAAUGUGGUUACUUCAGCUAUAGCACUGCCCAACACCAGAAAACCUGAUGGCUAUGAUUAUUAUGCCUUUUCUAAAGAUCAAUACUAUAACAUCGAUGAACCAAGUAGAACAGCAAGAGUCAUUACUACUCGUUCUGGGCGGACCUUGUCCAAUGUCUGGUACAACUGUCCUUAGACCCACGGGCAAAGGAAGAAUCGACUAAUUAAAAUGAAGAAAAAAAUGAAAAAUUUUGACACUGAAACACAUUUUAUUAAUAAAGAAUGUUGAGAGAAGCAUACUGAUUUAAAUACAAAAA